UUAACCCUCUAGUGCAUAUGCCUGCCUACAGACGGGGUGUUUUCAAAAUCAGAUAUAAAAUAUUUCUUUUAAUAUUAAAAUUCGGAUUUUUUUUCAAAAGAACGCUUAAAGUUCAACUUACGUAAUGGUUUUUUCAGAUUGGCAAUACUACUUCUAGUUUUGACGUACUGUCAAUUUGAAGUGACAGAUUAGCACUUUCCCGCCAAUUUAAUUAUUUUUGCAAUCAACACAAUUUUCUGAACAACAAGAAAUAUAAAUUCUUGUGUCGUUUCAAGUUGAAAAAAAUACUUACGGGUGUGGAAUUUUGUGCUCUUUAUGAUAGUGUUCGAUUUAUAAUAAAAAAACUAAUAGCAGAUAUGUCGCGUUAUUCUAAGACCCAUAUGACGGAUGAAGAAAUUCGACAAUAUUUCGAAGAGUCGCAAUUGGUAACUGAUACUUCCGACAAUGAAUGCGAUUUUGAUAGUGACGAUUCUGAUAUGGAUCCAACCUACUCACUACCGGAAAAUGAUACGAUCAUUGAUGCAAUGCUAAACUCCUCAGAAAUGAUGCGAAACGCAAUCGAAUGCAGUUUGAAUGUGACAGACUUUGAAGAAAAUGCUGAAAUAAUUGAGCUGCCACCGAUUCCUCCAUUGCCUGUUUGUGACGUUACUUCUAGUGUAUUCUUACCGUCGACAGUGACACGUUCUGUGCACAAAGCAUUAGAAUCGCAAGAAAAAAUCGGAGUCCUACCAGCUGCAAGUGAUUUGAGAAACGAUAUGAGUGCGAUAAGAUCGAUUCUUUGGAAGAAGAAAAAACUUCAGCUGAGUGUUGCAGAUUUGGCUUUUCAAGGCCAGGACAUGCCGGAUUUUUUAAAAUGUUUAAAAACACCUUACGACUGCUUUGCAUAUUUUGUGACCGAAGACUUUCUGAAGGUAAUUUCUAAUAUAUAACAGUUUAUUAAAUUUUUAAUAAAAAUUUUGCAGGCAAUAGCCUUACAGAUGAACUUGUAUGCCAAGCAAAAAGAUAUAUCUUCAAAGUUUUGUAUCGAUCACCAAGAGCUGCGUAAGUUUUUGGGAAUAUUGUUGUUUACGUCUGUUUAUCGCUUUCCUAACAGUCGCUCAUAUUGGGGACAAUACGGAUUAGAUCCGAUACGUUUAUCCAUGACAUGCAAUCGAUUUGAAGAAAUUAGAAACCACUUGCAUUUCAAUAAUGAUGCGUCUCGUAUAGAGAAAGGUCAACCUGGUUAUGACCUCUUGUAUAAAAUAAGGCCGCUAGUAAAACAUUUCAACCAACGUUUUUCUUCAGUUCCAAUGCGGCAGAGACUUUGCGUUGAUGAGCAAAUGUGUGCCACGAAAAUGAGUGGAAACCCAGUGAGGCAAUAUAUGCCAGCAAAACCUCACAAAUGGGGAGCGAAACUAUUCGUGAUUUGCGAUUCCUUUGGAUAUUCGUAUUCCUUUGAAGUUUAUUGUGGCGCCGGCGAUAACAAAAUUUUGCCAAAUUGUCCAGAUCUUGGUGCUGCAUCCAAUGUUGUAGUUAGGUUGUCACAAGUCAUACCAAACAAUGCCAAUCAUAUUAUUUACUUUGACAACUUUUAUACCUCAUUGGGAUUGCUAUUAUAUAUGAGAAGUCGCGGAAUUCACAGUUUAGGUACAGUGCGAGGAAAUCGAGUACCAAAUAUAAAACUUUCCACAGACGCAGAGCUGCAAUCAAAAAAAGUAGCACGUGGGUAUAAUGAAGAAUACGUGGGAAGUGUUUUUGGAGUAGACAUAAGCAGCGUUUUGUGGUACGACACAAGAGCAGUUCGUCUGUUAUCCACCUACGUAGGAACAGAUGCAAUUGUACAUAAUGAAAGUUCAUAUUCCUUAAAGGCAAAUCGUUGGGAUCGAAAAUUGAAACAAAAUGUUGAGGUGGAUUGUCCAGCUAUUGUGAAAGAAUACAACCAGCAUAUGGGUGGUGUGGAUUUGGUUGACGGAUUGAUUGGUCGAUACCACAUAAAAAUGAAAACCAGAAAAUGGACAAAUAAAUUAUUUUACCACAUGCUGGACGUGAGUAUGGUGAAUGCAUAUUGUCUUUAUAACCGACUAAAUAAGGACGUCCUAAAGUGUAAACUUCCUGACUUCAGAUCAGAAGUGGCAGAAACACUUUGUUUGAUUGGUUCGACAAAACCUGUAAAACGUGGUCGUCCAUCGUCUUUAACACCUCCACCAAAAGCUAAAAAGACGUAUCACCUAUCAGAAAAUAUAAGAUACGAUCAAAUAGGACACUGGUGUAAGUUUUUGGACCGCUCAGGCAAAAAAAUGUGCAAAUUUCGUGGAUGCAAAUCAGAAACUCAGGCAUUUUGCAUUAAAUGUAAAAUUAAUUUAUGCAAUUCAACGGCAAAAGAUUGUUUUUUCAAAUAUCACAAUAAAGAAGAAAUGAAAACAUAAAUUUAUAUGAACAUUUUAAUGCAUAGG